ACGACUGGACGCUGUUUUCAGCCUCAGCUCCGGCUGCACAGAGCAGAGCUCCCACAGCAACAUGUCUGUAAGGAGGAGGAGGUUCUCUCGGACCAGCAGCUCAACAUGCCAGUUAUAACCUCUGUGGAAUCAGAAGCAAACCGGGACCACCAGCUCCUCUCUCACAACUCUCAUGGAGCUGAGAGUCAAGAUCAGAAAGGAGGCCAGCAUGGAGACUCAGGAUCAACUAGAAAUGCAGAGCCAGAACCAAAGAAGAGACGACGCAAGAGCAGAAGUCACAGCAACAACGUAGACAACACUAACAUGUCAGAGGUUCACUCUAAUACUCAAACAGAGCUCCCACAGCAACAUGUCUGUAAGGAGGAGGAGGUUCUCUCUGACCAGCAGCUCUGUAUUCAGGUGAGGAACUCCAGUCUGGACCGAGAGGACCCAGAGCCUCCACAGAUUAAAGAGGACCUGUGCACCAGUCAGGAGGGAGAGCAGCUUGUCCUGAAGCAGGAGACUGAUACCUUUAUGUUGACUCCUACUUAUGAGGAAAGGGACCACAGUGAAGGUCAGACUCUGAACUUAAACCCUGAUGAUGACACUCUAAAUGCAGCAGAGAAAGAGUCUUUAGCCAACAUGCCAGUUAUAACCUCUGUGGAAUCAGAAGUAAACCGUGACCACCAGCUCCAUAGAGCUGAGAGCCAAGACCAGAAAGGAGGCCAGCAUGGAGACUCAGGAUCAGCUAGAAAUGCAGAGCCAGAACCAAAGAAGAGACGACGCAAGAGCAGAAGUCACAGCAACAACGUAGACAACACUAACAUAUCAGAGACAGAGCUCCCACAGCAACACGUCUGUAAGGAGGAGGAGGUUCUCUCUGACCAGCAGCUCAACAUGCCAGUUAUAACCUCUGUGGAAUCAGAAGCAAACCGUGACCACCAGCUCCUCUCUCACAACUCUCAUGGAGCUGAGAGCCAAGAUCAGAAAGGAGGCCAGCAUGGAGACUCAGGAUCAGCUAGAAAUGCAGAGCCAGAACCAAAGAAGAGACGACGCAAGAGCAGAAGUCACAGCAACAACGGAGACAACACUCACAUGUCAGAAACAGACGUCCAGAAGCUGUCGGUGGUUAAAGCAGAGGUUCCCCCUGAGCAGCAGGGGUGGAGCUCCAGUCUGGACCAGGAGGACCCAGACCCCCCACACAUUAAAGAGGAACAGCAGCAACUCUGGACCAGUCAGGAGGGAGAGCAGCUUCAAGGGCUGGAGGAGGCUGAUAUCAAGUUCCCGUUCACUACUGUCCCUGAGAAGAGUAAAGAAGAUGAUGAAGAGAAAGCUCAGUCCUCACAGCUUCAUGAAAGCCAAACUGAGGAGAACAGAGAAGCAGAGAGAACAGGACCUGAUGGAGAGGACUGUGGAGGACAAGAACCAGCCAGGAACUCAGAUCCAGAUAGUCCUUUUCAACCAGCUACUCAUGACAAGACUUCAGACUCCCCUGAAUCUGAUGAUAGUGCAGACUGGGAGGAGACUAGGGAACCUCAGACAGGUUUAAACCUUCUGCCAAACAAUGAAGAACCUGUAAGUGAUGUUGGAUGUAACACUGGAAACACAUCAGUUAGCUCCUCUGAAUGUAAAGGAAGCUUUGGCCGCAAAAAACAUCAGCAGAAACCCUCUGGAGUCCAAACACGAGAGAAACCAUUUAGUUGCUCAGUUUGUGGUAAAAGAUACCUUCGGAAGAAAACCUUAAUGACUCACAUGAAACUUUAUUCAAAAGAAAAAUGUUCCACCUGCUCAGUUUGCAAAGCAAGUUUCUGUCAGCCUGGCAAUUUGGCUGUACACAUGAGAAUCCACACGGGAGAAAAACCAUUUAGUUGUUCAGUUUGUGAUCAAAAAUUUGCACAAAAGAAAACUCUGAGACAACAUUUGACUGUCCACACGGGGGAGAAACCAUUUAGUUGCUCAGUUUGUAGUAAAAGUUUUGCACAAAAGCAAAAUCUGAGACAACAUUUGACUGUCCACACAGGUGUAAAAUCAUUUAGUUGCUCAGUUUGUAGUAAAAGUUUUGCAGCCCCUAGCAAUCUGAGACGACAUUUGACGGUCCACAUGGAGGAGAAACCAUUUAGUUGCUCAGUUUGUUGUAAAAGGUUUACACAAAAGCAAACUCUGAAACAACACUUGAUCAUCCACACAAGUGCUGAAUCUGAGAUCUCUUAAAUUGCAUUUUCAUUCCCUUUUGUCCCUUCCUGCCUUAGUCCGUCCCACCGGGGAAGCAUGGGAGAGACAGAGGAGACAUCCUUUCUUCUAAACCAUCACAUAACUUCGUCAGCUUCUGUGGACGGAGUUAGCGAUGGCGUUCAGCUGCACGGCCAUCAGGUCCCGUUGUUCUGGACCGAGACCAGUGAAGUCAAUUAGAAGCUAUUAGGCAACCAGGCUGCCAACCAGAAGCUAUUAGGCAACCAGGCUGCCAACCAGACGCUGGGCGACCAGGCCGCCAACCAGACGCUGGGCGACCAGGCCGCCAACCAGACGC